AUGUUAGACGAGAAUCUCCCCACUUUCUUUCUCAAGGCCUCGACCGACAAGCUCAAGCACCACGAAUCAUUCUACUUCACCCAGAACGGCUCCGAGCCCGAAGCUCAAUAUGCCCUGCACCACGUCGACCCAGCCUCCAACGAUGCGAAGAACACAUACGCCGUAGCCUUGUUCGACUCGCGCAACCCCGAGAUCUUGUACGGCGAAGUGCUUGCGAAGCCAGGAUGGUCGCACCCAACACUCUCGCAGGAAGAGAUACGCAAGAAUGGCGGAGUGCCGCCCCCACCACAGCCCAUCUACCCCACCGAGUUUGCCAUCCAGCUAUAUAACCCUGAUUCACGCGUCAUCGUUAAGCACUCGACCGCGAAAUGGAGCAGCACCGUGAGCUGGGAGUUCAGCAUACCCCAGCUCACCUUCAGAACACCUAGCAAUUCUGCUCUCGACCGUACCAUGACGGAUCCGGGCGCCGACGUGAACACACCUAGAGUCAACUUCGCGUGGCGCAAGGAGGGCAGGUUAGGCAAGGACAUGACAUGCUACAUGACGGGCAAGUCGACCGACCCAACUGGCAAGAAGGUGAAGAAGAGUAAGGAGCCGGAUAUCGCCGUCGCCCUUUACUCUGGCUUGAAAGAGCUGACCAUCAUGGAGUCAAAUCUGUACCGUGUCGAGAUUGAAGAUUACAAGGGCUUGGAGGUUGCUUUGCUCAUCGGUGCCGCCGUCAUACGCGAUCUGUUCUUCGGGGACCUCAACGAACAAUUCCACAUCAACGCCAACAUACGGAAAAACAGCGCGCCACUGCGCGCGAGGAAGGGCUCGUCGCCUUUAGAAGGCCCGAAUAUUACAGCACCAGUCAUGACGCCGCAGCCUCCGCCUCCGCCAGCAUACACACCUUCAUCGUCACAAUACCCACCCGAAAAGGUGCCACUUCAGCCUGCGGGAGGUGCUGGUGUGAACACACAAGUUCCUCCGCCCUCGUAUACCAGCAACAACAAUGCCGCCAAGCGCUCCUCAUUACCUCCGCUAGCCACGAACCAGUCCCGUCCCAAUCAGCCUCCACAGCCGCAACGACCCGCCCAACAGCAGCGACCCAGCCAGCAACAACGACAUGCUCAGCCACAGCGUCCAACACAACAACGUCAAGAAGGACCAAGGCUGGACCCGAGAGCACAAUGGGAAAUCGACGCCGAGACUGCGCGAUUGAAGGCACAAGUAGAAGCCGAGGCACGCGAGCAGAAGCGACAAGCUGAAGCCAGUCGCAAAGCUCGGCGUAGGCAGGAAGAGGAGGAGGAGCGGAAGACACUACAAUUCCUUGAACAAGAACGGAAGCAGAAGGAACGCGAAGAGAAAGAGCGACGGAGGAGACAGGCAGAGAUUGACAAGGAGACGGAACGCCUGAAGAAGCAAUUUGGAGAUCAAUCCAACCUACUUCGCCCCUCACCGCAGCCUCAGCGACACUCCGCGCCACUUGUACAGGGCGGAUGGCAGAAUCAGCGACCGAGUCCAGCGCCUCGACCCGCCCCUGUCCCUACGCAGCCUCCGCGCAUGCAGCAAGCACCAAGUGUGUACCUGCAGACGCCUGUUCAACAUCGUCCUGCGGCAAGUCAAAGCAGUUUCUUCAGCAAUGGCCUACCAAAACCAGUAGCGAAAGCGAAGAAGAGUUUCUGGGGAUUGAGAACACAGAGCGAGAGCAACGCUGAGAAGCUGAAGAAGAAGAAAAGUAGCAUGUUUUGA